UUGACGUGUCAGUCAGUUAAGUCAGUCCAGUGACAGAAGUUUCGUAUUGCGACAUAAUAGUACUGUAGUCGAAAACAUGCUAAUAAUAUUAUUGGAUUAGUGUUUGCGCAGAAGUCAUGCUGCGUUUUAGCAAGUCGAAAUGCAGUGGAAUAGGAAUUUCUGCGGGCUCGCCUUUAGCUUCUUUUUUGUUGUAUCGUAUUUCACGAAUAAGUUUGUCCUGUCGGUGAUGAAAUUCACCUAUCCGACCUUAUUCCAAGGAUGGCAGACAUUUAUCGGCGCGCUAUUGCUCCUGCUUUCUGGAAAGCUGGGUUGGGUGGAAAUGAGCCGCAUCUCCAGAUCAGCUGCCUUUGCCUGGCUUCCAGGCUCCCUCCUGUUUGUCGGGAACAUUUAUGCAGGCUCCAGAGCACUAUCACUUCUCGAAAUUCCUUUCUUUUUCACUCUACAGAAUUCAUCGCAUGUUGUGAGCUAUGCCAUCUCAAAGGCUGUUCAUAGGGAGAAAAUUGAGUGGGUGAAAUUCAUCAGCAUUUGUCUCAUGCUGAUUUCAGCCAUCAAACUUCCUGCCUAUGAUCCCCAGUUUGACUUCACCGGUUACAUGUGGGCCAUUGCUCAUCUAUUCUGUGUUGGGGCAUACCGAGUGUUUCAAGUCCACUAUAAAUCCAGUAAUUUGAGCGACAUUGAACAACAAUGCGUUAACUACUUGUUCAGCGUUCUGCUUCUCGGAAUGGCUGCUCAUCCAUCAGGUGACCUCACAAGUGCCUUGGAGUUCCCUUCGCUUCAGUCGUACUACUUCCGCGGGGGCUGCUGUGCCAGUGCCUUACUGGGCUUUUUGCUGCUUUUGGCCACAGUCAAACUAAAAAGUGGAUUAUCCCUUCAGCACUUUGCAGUGUGGAUUUUUAUGUCCAAGGUCACUGCCAUGUUCCUGUCACCUCUUAUUUUCUAUAUGGACAUGAACACGCCGUCGAUGAUAUGUAUGGGAGUCAGUCACGUGAGCGAGGCUGUGCUGGUAUAUUCUGAGAGAGAAACACAGUGAUGUCAACACUUCAGGACGGCCUAAAAACCUGCACUUCCCGAACAAAAGUUCUUCAUAUAUGCUGUAUUUGUAUAUUUGUACUACCUUAUUGUUGCUCUGAUACACGACAGACCAAAUAAAAUAUUUGUUUACAUAUCUAUUUUGUAACUUGGAUGAGAGUAUGGGAUGAAAGCCAUUUUUGUAAGCCUUAUUGUACACCAAAAGCAAAAAUGUCAAAUUAAAAAAUAAUAAAUCUGCAUUUGUAACA